AUGUUUUUACUUAGGUUCAGUGCAAUUAUUAUUUAUAUGGAAAAGUUUUUCGCUUCUUCGAAAAUGUAUGUAGUGAUUACCAUGCACAGCUCACUGAAAGCCGAACGCUAUUAAGAAUGUGUAACGUGCUUUUAUCAGAGUUUACCUGUAAUAAAAGUAAAGUAUUUGCGCCAUGACUGCGAAACUAAAGCACAUCGAAGUAGAAAAUUUCAAAUCUUAUAAAGGUCGGAGAAUUAUCGGGCCGCUGAAACCGUUCAAUGCUGUAAUCGGCCCUAACGGUUCAGGAAAAUCCAAUUUUAUGGAUGCGAUCAGUUUCGUUAUGGGCGAAAGAACUCAAAGCCUUAGAGUGAAAAGGCUUAGUGAUUUGAUUCAUGGGGCUGCUAUAAGUAAACCUGUAUCAAGGAGUGCUUCUGUUACUGCAGUUUUUGUGAUCAGUGGAGAUCCCGAAAAAGAAGUCUCAUUCCAGCGUUCAGUGCAGGGUUCAUCGUCUGAAUAUAAAAUAAAUGGAAGUGUCGUUACAAGCAACGAAUAUCUAUGUGAAUUAGAAAAACUAAAAAUUAAUGUAAAGGCCAAAAACUUCUUGGUAUUCCAAGGCGCAGUUGAGUCAGUUGCAAUGAAAAAUCCGAAAGAAAUGACAGCGUUAUUUGAAGAAAUCAGCGGGUCUGGUGCUGUGAGAGAGGAAUAUGAGAAGUUGAAACAACAGAUGCAAAAAGCACAGGAGGAAAUAAAUUUUGCUCUUCAAAAGAAAAAAGGGAUUAAUGCUGAACGUAAGGAAGCUAGAUUGGAAAAAGAAGAAGCGGACAAGUAUUCUCGAUUGAAGGACGACUUGAAUGAUAAGCAAGUGGAACACCAGCUUUUCCGAGCCUUUCACAAUGAGCGGGCAAUGAAGAAUAGGGAACAGGAGUUAAAAAUGAAGCAGAAAGAACUUGAGAAAAUUGAAAAAAAGAAAGAGAAGCUUGAAGAGGUGCUUAAGGAAAGGAAAAAGGAGCAGGGCAAGGUUAACAGAGAAUUGGCUAAAAUUGAGCAGGACAUCAGGGAGGUUGAGGCAGAAAUAUCAAAAAAAAAGCCUCAGUUCAUCAAAGCCAAAGAGAAGGUAACCCACAUGCAGAAGAAGGUAGACAGUGCUAUUAAAAUGUUGGAUCAAGCGAGGAAGGCUCACGAUGCUCAUAUGAAUGAUAUCCGCAAGCUCGAAGAGGAGCUUGCUGAAGUGGAAAAGGCGAAAGAGGAAUAUGAGGAGCAGAUAGCUGGUGAAUCACAGAGCCAGGGUAGGGAUGUCCAUUUGGAAGACGCCCAAGUAAGAGAGUAUCACCGGUUGAAAGAAGAGGCAGCAAAGAGAUCGGCCAGGUAUAUGCAGGAGUUGGAUUCAGUCAACCGCGAACAGAAAGCCGACCAAGACAGACUGGACAAUGUUUCGAGAUUAAGGGCGGCUGCUGAGAGCAAACACUUGCAGAAAACUCAUGAGAAAGAGGAGAUGGAAAAGAGAAUAGAGAAACUAGCUGAGCAUAUCCGCACAAGCGAGCAAGCGUUGAACGAUCAAAAACAGCUCCUACAGGAUCUACAAUCGGACGUCGGCUCGUCUAAGAAUCGUGUACACGAGAUUCAGAAACAAUUAGACGACGUACUGGAACAGCUGGGAGACGCACGGACUGAUAAACACGAGGAUACCAGGCGAAAGAAGAAGCAAGAAAUUGUGGAACGGUUCAAAGCAAACUAUCCGGGAGUGUAUGAUAGAUUAAUUAAUAUGUGCCAACCGAUCCACAAAAGGUACAAUGUUGCCAUCACAAAGGUGCUUGGCAAGUACAUGGAGGCAAUCGUGGUUGACACGGAGCACACUGGCAGACAGUGCAUCAAGUACCUUAAGGAACAGAUGCUUGAUCCGGAGACAUUCCUGCCAAUCACUUAUCUUCAAACAAAACCAAUCAGGGAACGGUUGCGAAACAUUACGAAUCCACGAGGAGUGAAAUUGAUCUACGACGUGCUCCAGUUUGAACCACAAUCGAUCGUCAACGCGGUUCUUUUCGUUACUAAUAAUGCCUUGGUGUGCGAGACACCCGAAGAUGCGGCCAAGGUCGCUUACGAGAUCGGAGGCCGUUACGAUGCGGUAGCCUUGGACGGUACUUACUAUCAAAAAUCCGGCAUCAUAUCCGGCGGCAGUCUGGAUCUAGCACGUAAAGCAAAGCGGUGGGACGAAAAACACGUGUCCCAGCUCAAAGCUCAAAAGGAGAAACUGACUGAAGAAUUAAGGGAAGCGAUGAAAAAAUCGCGUAAAGAAUCGGAACUUAACACCGUCGACCAUCAAAUAAAGGGAUUGGAAACCAGGUUGAAAUACGCUAAAAAUGACAUGGAUAGCACGAAUCGCCAAAUAGCGAUUGUGAACCGCGAACUUGCAACCCUCGAGGAGGAAAUGAAAAAGUACGGGCCUCAGAUAGAGACUAUCGAGCGCGGCAUGCAGAGCCGCGACCAACACAUUGAAGAAAUCAAGCUGCGCAUGAACAACGUCGAGGACGACGUGUUCUCGGCAUUUUGCAGAGAGAUCGGCGUGCGCAACAUCAGGCAGUACGAAGACCGCGAGCUCCGUGCACAGGAGGAGCGUAAACAAAAGCGGCUUGAGUUCCAGAAGCAGAUCAAUCGGAUCACAAGCAACCUAGAGUUUGAACGCAGUCGCGACACCCAGAGCAACGUCAGUCGUUGGGAGAGAAGCGUUAACGACGAGGAAGAGAACCUGGAACUGGCCCGGAAGCAGGAAGCGAAACAGAGGGACGACAUUGACCACGACCUCAAGCAGCUCGACGAACUCAAGUCCCUUAAGCUGACCAAGAAAAAAGACGUUGAGGACAUGGAAGAGGAGGUGGGCAAAGCGAGAAGGGAGGUGGGGGCCGUUGCGAAGGAUGUCCAAGCCAUUCAGAAGUCGAUCGUUUCAAUCGAGUCGAAGAUUGAGAGUUUGAAGAGCGAUCGUCACGCGAUCUUGAUGCACUGUAAGAUGGACGAUAUUCCUCUGCCAAUGCUGGUUGGAAAUAUGGAAGACGUAGUCGCUGCUGAUCCCAGCCAGUCGUCGGUCAGCGAAAACAGCUCCACACAACUCUACGAAAAGGAAUCAAGAAUUAAAAUAGACUACAGUCUGUUGACCGACGAUCUCAAAGAUCUCGAGGAGAAGGAUGAGAUCAAAAAGCGAGAGAACAAGUUGUUAAAAAGCAUACAACAGCUGCAGGACACAUUGACCAAGAUUCAGGCGCCGAACAUGAAGGCUUUAGAAAAAUUAGAAUUGGCCCAGGGCAAACUGCAGUCGACUAACGAAGAGUUCGAGAACUUACGAAAACAAAACAAGAAGGCGAAAGCGGCGUUCGAACGGGUCAAGCAGAACCGUUAUGAACGAUUUAGCCGUUGCUUCGAUCAUGUCGCAAACGAAAUAGACGCCAUAUACAAAUCACUGGCGCAGAACCAGUCCGCACAAGCAUUCCUAGGCGCUGAAAAUCCCGAGGAGCCGUAUCUGGACGGCAUCAACUACAACUGUGUUGCUCCCGGCAAACGAUUUCAGCCGAUGUCUAACUUGUCCGGCGGAGAAAAAACUGUGGCGGCUCUCGCAUUGUUAUUCGCCAUUCACAGUUAUCAACCGGCCCCGUUUUUUGUUCUCGACGAAGUGGACGCAGCCUUGGAUAACACCAACAUCGGCAAAGUUGCCAAAUACAUUACGGAAAAGACGGAAUCCCUGCAAAUUAUAGUUAUAUCAUUAAAGGAGGAGUUUUAUUCGCAUGCGGACGCCUUGAUCGGAAUCUGCCCCCAGCCCGGUGAUUGCCUCAUCAGCCAGGUUUUAACGACGGAUUUGACUAGAUUUGCUUUGAAUUAGACGACUGUUCUUUCACAUCAAAGGAAGGAACUAUUUAUUUUGUUUGUUUUAGAUUAUUUUAAAAAACGGUGUAGU